AUGGGCCUUGGCGGUGUGCGCGCCAUCCGUGACUAUGUCGACGGUACCGAUACCCUGUCCUCUGCCUUCGCACCGUUCUACGUCCCCGGCAAGAACGGCUUCUGGUACGGCCGCCAGUGGUACGACAACCGCACGACGCAGUGGCUCCACUUCGAAGCGGCGCACAACGCGGUUUUCAAAGUGGCACAAGCGGCGGAGGACACACUUCCCUCCAUUCGCGUGGCGCGCUGGAACAAGUGGGGCCCGGCGCGGAUCCGCUUCACCGCGACCUUCAACUCGUCGUCCCCGCAAAUGGUUGGCCUUAGCCCCGCCGAGGUUUUGGCCCAGCCCUCGUCCUCCGACAGCCCCGUCCGCCGCCGCGUGCUCGAGGCGAUUCGGGACAACGCUACGGCGAUCACGGCCCAGCUCUCCUUCCUGACCUACGAUUCCGUCUCCCUCGGCGGCGGGUGGCGCUACCUCACCUACAUGGGCAGGGAUACCCUCAUCGCGCUCAAGCUCCUCAUGCCUGUUCUCUCGCCACACGCCAUUGAGAUCAUCCUCACGGCGGUGAUUGAGCGCUUCCAGGCGGACGGGGACGACCGCAGCAUGGUGUGCCACGAGGAGCUGGUGGGCGACUAUGCGUCAUACAAACUCCAGAACAACAGCCAGUCGAGAUGCAACUACGAUGUGUCCGACACUCACUUCCUCCUUCUUCCCGUCCUCGCCGACUACUUUGACACAGCCGGAACGGCCCGAGCAGCGGCCUUCCUGGCCCGCAACCACUCGUCAGGGGCAGGGACGUACAGCGACAUCGUCACCAAACACGCCUCGAUGGUCAUGCGCCACGUGUUCAACUACCACAUCAAGACUCAGGCGCACAACAUGAACGGGUACUUUGACGGCGGCAACUGGCGCGACUCACCGGCCGGGAACGGGCACGCGCGAUGGUUCUUUGACGUGAACGCUGGGAUGAUCCCCGCGUCGGUGCGCGCGAUCCAGUGCCUCAUCAACGACGGUCUUAUCGGUACCGGGAACGGAACUAUCUAUGCCCUGUCAAGGGCGGACAGUAUUGCCAGCAAGUAUGAGUCCUAUUGCCCGGAGACGUUCCAGGCGGUGAGUCUCACAGAGGGCGAGUGCGAGUGCGAGGCCCUGCUCAAGGACUACAUCGACGAACUUGGCCUGUCCACUUCACUACUGUACGGCGCGGGCUCGCUCAAUGCCACCGGCACCCCAGGGGCGGGGUGGAACGACCCCGAUCAGGUCGUGACCGAGGGAUAUUCAAGGGGCUUCUACUCGCUCGUAUCGGAACACGACAGAAAGGGGCACAUUCUCCACUCAGAUAUUGCCUUCCCUCUACUGUACAGCACCCACGUUCCGGCCGAGCUCAUCCGCGGCACGGCGCGUGCGCUACAACCGUACCCGCGCGGGCUGCUCACCAACGUCGGCAUGGUGGUCGCCAACGCCGCAUACGACGGGAACAAGACCAAAAGGGCAGAGUUCACCAACCGCGCGCCACACGGGGCAGUGGUCUGGGGGUUCCAGCAGGCGCUGAUGGCGGCCGGUGUCGCGCGCCAGCUCGCCGCGUGCGCCCCGUCCAACAACCGCACGCCGCUGCGCAGGGCGGCCCCUUGGGCGCCGUGGUGCAGGGAUAAGAAGCUCGUCGCGGCGCUAGAACAGGCCCAGACGCGCCUGUGGGACUCGAUCGCUGGAUCAGCGCCUGUGCUGUACAAUGAGAUGUGGGUCCCCGUGUGGAACGCGACAGAGGGCAAGUUUACAAUCGGCGACCUUGCCACCCUCAACCCAUCUGCGCCGGAGGGGAAUGCGUUCAGGCUGUGGAGCUAUGGGAUGCUCGGGCUGGUCGACCCGCGGACGGGCCGGCCGGUCGCAGAGGGGUUUGGACACUCGGACACUCGAUAG